UCAUCAUCCUCCGUGGUGCUGUCGUCGACCGAGCCAUCCGUUGACCCAGGAUGAAUUAGCUGCAUCCCGCUCUAGCCCUCGUCCAUUCCGGCGCCACCACGUCCCAUGUCGACCUUUGAUGGGGCCGUCCGGGAAUUUCCCUCCAUUCAGAUCGACUACUUCUGCAAGAAUCCUGACAGACCACCUCCCCUCGCCUGUUUCCUCAGUCAUGUCCAUAGUGACCAUCUUCACGGGCUGGAGUCCUUCAGGACUCCAUUCAUCUAUUGCUCUGCAGCCACUCGAGAGAUGCUCCUCCGCAUCGAAAAGUAUCCGCAUCGUAUGAACUUUAGCAAAGGCAUUCUAGAGUCUCGAAGACUGCAUUACAAACACCUGUCUAAGCUACUGAGACCUAUCCCUUUGAACACCCCAACCGAGCUAGAACUUACCCCACGGCUGUCAAUCCGAGUCACUCUAUUCGAUGCGAACCAUUGUACAGGCGCAGUCAUGUUCCUGAUAGAGGGUAACGGGAAAGCUAUCUUAUACACUGGCGAUAUCCGUGCGGAACCCUGGUGGGUUAACAGCAUCACCCGGAACCCCGUUCUUAUCCCUUACACUUUGGGAAACAAGCGGUUGGACAAGAUAUACCUCGACAACACCUUCGCCCGUCCAUCACAUAUCUUUCACGCUUUUCCGUCCAAGGCAGAAGGCUUGAAGGAGUUAUUGAAGAAGAUCCAGUCGUAUCCGGAUAGCACUACAUUCUACUUCCGAGCCUGGACAUUCGGCUAUGAAGAAGUUUGGAUGGCACUUUCGGCGGCGCUCAAUUCAACGAUCCACGUGGAUCGAUACCAAAUGGAUCUUUAUAGGUCACUUGCCUCACAAGGUGUCAAUGAUGCCACAUUCCUCUGUGGGUACGAACUCGGAAACAGGUUCAUUCCCGGCUGCCUUAGCGAGGAUGAAAGCUCCCGCAUCCAUAGCUGUGAGCCAGGUGUUCACUGCCCUGCCGCAGCUUCUCGGGAUACCGUCUACAUCGCACCGAUUGUCAACCGGACAACAGGCGGCUCAGAAAUGCCGGAGAUCGGAGCAGGCGGGGGAGGCGGGGAUCUAUACCAAGUCCACGAACUGGAGCUCCCAGACCAAUCAGCUCUAGAACAGCUAGAGAAGCUUUGUCUUGAACGCAUCCAUGACACCAAAGCCCUUUCACAAAUACGACAAGCGCUUGUCGAUGCGUUCCGAUCCAAAACCAGAGUACUCUCUCUCGACAGCUACGGGAUGAAAGAUGCACACGACAUGUCUCUAGAGAACUUGGUAAGCAUACUGAGCCGUGGUCGUCCAAACGAGGAAGACUGGUCGGGCAAUGCGAACCAGCACACACAUCUACGAGAUGGACAAGGCAAUCCCCUCCCUAGGAUCAUUCACUUCCCCUACUCCCGCCAUUCCUCUUACACCGAACUUUGCGACCUCGUCUCCGCCUUCAAACCAAAAGAUGUCCACCCCUGCACAGUUGACCCAAUAAAUUGGGACGAAGAAGUAUCCAUACAAUCCCUCUUCGGUCAUCUCUGCAGCGGCACCGCAUUCGUCCACGACCAACACAUGCGAGACCUGACAGUCAACGACCCAGACCUCCGCGCCAGAAAACGUGCCCGCUACGAGGGCUCUUUCAGGAUGCAGUCAAGCCAACAAACAUCAAGCAUGGUAGAUGGUAGUAUCCCAGAGCGCCCUCGACCAACCAUGGCCGAGCCACAAUCUUCCUCCUCAGAUCAAAUCCCCCUUCCAUCGUCCUUUGACCCAAUCGAAGAACCCUCCCCGAUACCCGUAAACGAACCCCUCACCAUCCCGGCCUCAACCCCAGAGACAGCAAAGGCACGACGAGACGAGAUCCGUCGCGCCUGGCACAUUCUCAACAACGCCGACCCCUCCGAGCGCUCGCUCUACGAGCUCGGCUCCCUCCCUUCCUCCUGGACGAACACCGACGAAGAGACCGAACCCCCCAAAUCAGAAAUCGAUCCCACUCCUUAUCCGCUGCCCGACACUCCACCGAAGACCAAACCAACACCUAAAGACAAAGACCAGGACAUAGUAGUAACUCAAUCAUCCCCCGUCAACACUAACCCAGACCCACAAGCCACCCCCACAGAAGACCCCUCCGAAGAAUCAAACCCAGACCCUGCCCCCCAACUAUACAGCCAACUCAGCCAAUCCCUCUCCCUCAGCUCAUCCGCAUUUGAGUCCCAAGAAUCCGGAACCAGCAUCGACCCCGACCACCAGGAAGACUUAGACGAAGAGGUAAUGACCACCAUUCCCAACUACGACGGCACAGACGAUCGUCAUCAUACUCGACGACAACGUCAAGAUACGAGACGAUCAAUAUCAAGUCAGAUCCGUCGAGACGCAUACCUUGCCGCCAGAGCAGAUAGCUUUGAUGCCUGGGCGUCAGUUUCACUAAUGUCGACGGGGAACAAUCAUACUGAGGAGGAAAUUGAACUCUGA